UAUCCUGCUGUUAUGUCAAGACAAUGCAUAGAUUGAAAAUCAUUCUGGAAAUGAUGACAGCACUAUCACCAUGUGACAUUGUCAGGAGGCAAAAGGCAGCUUGAGAAUUUCCUUUGGAGCACAUAUCUGCUUGAAGGAAGCCCUUUCCUAUCUAAUAAAACUGCAGAGCACACAGCCCCCACUGAAGGGUGAACAAUGAGCAUCCCAGCAGCUCCCAAGAAGUGUUACACUCAGUUGCGGGACAACAGAAAUGGAGCAAAAAAUAAUAAUGAGAGCCUCCUAAGCCUGGGAGACACAAAUGCCAAUGAGAUCAUGUUUGAGGUCGCUUCCUCUCAUGAUAAGUCUGAGAAAGGCAACCUGACUGAUGAGAUUGGAAAUGCAAAUUCAACUGAACAAGAAAGCAGUAUCCUUUUCAACAAGGAAUUUCACCAACUUCAGGGCUUUGGGAAGGGAUCUCUGGCUGGCCCCACUGACCUGAAAGAUUCUAAAUUUGCACUGCCUGGUCAAGAACACAAUGAAAAGCACAUGAUUGAGAGAGGCACAAAUAUCCUGCAACCCCCUCACAGUAGUAAGGGAUUGAGUCUGUCAAGUCGGAGGACUCUGAUGGGGGAGGCCACUCCAGAGGUUUUGACCAAGAGGGAUGCUGAUCUUCUCUGGCAUGCUCCCAAGGACAAACUGGCCAAGACCCUUGACAAUGAGGAACUGAGAAGACAUUCUUUGGAAAGAGCAUGCAGCUCUGCUGUUGUUGGGGACAUGCUUGUGAGGGAGCGUGUUGGGAACCUGAGCCACCAGCUUCCUCCUCCCGCACCCCUGGAGUCCCCUCAAGCUAUCCGUCCUGUGUCCAGUGGUGGGGAGGGACCCCAGAAGACAUGGCCAGCUCGUUCUUUGGGGGCAGCAUUGCCUGUAGCCGAGAGUACCUCUGAGGGAAAGAGUCCAUGUCAACCUAAAGCAACUACCUCAGAAGCCAAGGAGACCAGCACCUUAGAGGUGCAGAUGGAGGGGGGAUGUGUCCUGAAAGUUGGUGAUGAGAGCACACCAGACUCUGCCCAUCCAGACCCAGCUCUGAAUUCAGUUUGGGCCUUGAAGGAAAGCCCAAGUCAACCAGAAGCACAAUUAGAACUGGGAAAGGCAGAGCCCACACUGGAGCGGAAAUGGGUUCCAUCCAGGACCAUGAAGGGACUGAGGCCAGCCCACACAGAGAGUUUGGAAUGUCUUGAGGAGGGUGUGUUAUCUCUUGAAAGAAAGGCACCAAAUGUGGCAGCAUACCAUGAACCCGCGGCUCGGGGGAUGCUGAGUGCUCCCUCACAUACUGGGCUCCCCAACCCUGGAACAGGGAAAGGAAGAAGUGAACUUGGAAAGAGAGCGGCCCAGGGUGUUGGUGAGGAAGAGACUCUUCAAACUAGCCCCAAACGGAGUCUUGCUUCUGUGGUUGCUGCUACUGAUCAGCACGUAGGCCGAAUCCCACCAAGCACAGCUAGGAAAUGGGGUGAAAUGGAACCCAGCAGCAUUGCCCCAAGUGAUGUUCCUGUAACUUCUCUUCCUACCAAUCUAGUAAAUGGCAGAUGCAUAGAUGUUGGUGAGGAGAGAAGGAUUGACAACAGCGCUCCAGUUUCCACGUCAGAUCCUUCUCUUGGAGCUGUCAAAACUGGGGUUCCAGAGCCCCUUGAUUCUCAGAGUAGCAGCAGAGAAGCAGAGGAAAAUAAAGAGACGACUUCAUCAGCUGCUCAAUAUGGAAGCCUUCUAGAAACUGCUGCUAAAACUGAAAGCACCCCAGGAAGGGCAGAGCCUCUUGUCCCAGCACCCCUGCACCCAGAGUCAACUGGGAAUGUGACACCCCAGCCACCACUAUCCAGCAGCACUUCUCAGAACUUCAGUGUAUUGGAUGUGGACACAGGAUCAUCAACGGUUGCCACACUUCCCACUGACUCUGCACAACUGUUGAAUACGUCCCUGAAAGUGCCUGAGAAGAACGCCCACUCCAGUGAGUUCUCCAAGCCUGUCUCCGCACAUCCUGAGGACAAACCUUCCUUUCUUGAGGGAAUGGAAAAUCAUCUGGCUGAGAAGACAGAAGAGGAAAGGACAGACCCCAAGCCCAUCAUUAUGCCGAAGCCCAAGCAGGUGAGACCCAAGAUCAUCACCUACAUCAGGAGGAAUCCUCAGGCCCUGGGCCAGGCAGACACUUCAGUAGGACUCGUUCCAGUGGGCCUUCCUUAUGACCCAGCUACAUGUAGCAUGCCUCUCCCCAAGGAAGAGAAGCCUGCAGAGGGUGACCUGAAGCCACCUGCCAGUCUCUAUGAGAAAUUCAAGCCAGACUUGCAGAAGCCAAGGGUGUUUGGCUCUGGAUUGAUGGUGUCUGGAAUCAAGCCCCCAGGACACCAUCUCAGUCAAAUGAGUGAAAAGUUCUUGCAGGAGGUUACAGAACGCCCUGGAAAAGAAGAAUAUUGCUCUCCUGCCUAUACUCAUUAUGAAGUUCCUCCAACUUUCUACCGAUCGGCCAUGCUCCUUAAGCCUCAACUGGGAUUGGGUGCCAUGUCCCGUUUACCAUCUGCCAAAAGCAGGAUUUUGAUCGCAAGUCAAAGAUCUUCAGCCAGUGCCAUCCACCCACCAGGACCCAUAACAGCGGCGGCCACUCUCUACAAUUCCGAUCCUACAGCAGACUUAAAGAAGGCUUCCUGUUCAAAUGCUGCAAAAGCCAACCUACCAAAAUCAGGACUUCGUCCUCCUGGAUACUCGAGGCUCCCAGCAACCAAGCUGGCGGCAUUUGGGUUCGUCCGGAGCUCCAGCGUGUCCUCUGUGUCCAGCACUCAGUCUUCAGAUAGCCUGCAGCCUGAGCAGAGCAGGAUGAACCGUUCAACCUCUGGGAAUGAAGACCAGCCUUCCUUGAAGGCAUCUCUGCCUUCCAAAGAUGCACCCAAGGGGUCCAGUCGAAUGACCCCUCCAGCGUCCUCCAAUGUGACAACACCCCGCAGGAGUUUGCUUCCAGCCCCAAAAUCCAUGUCCACACCUGCUGGAACCAAGAAAGAAGUACAGAAAGAUCAAGAUACUAAUAAAGCUGCUACUUCCUCCCCUAAGAGAUUAUCAACUGUGGCCAGCAAGCUUCACUCACCAGGCUACCCCAAGCAGAGGACCACGGCUCCCCGGAAUGGGUUUUCCCCCAAGCCAGAUCUGCAGGCGCGUGAAGCCGAGCGACAGCUGGUGCAGCGGCUGAAGGAGCGCUGUGAGCUGCAGGCCCGGCAGCUGGGCCUGGUCCAGGGGGAGCUGAGGAAGGCCAUCCGCAGCUUCGAGGCGCUCGCUGUAACCACCCAACACUUCUUCAGGAAGAAUGAAAGUGCCGUUGUGAAGGGGAAAGAGCUGUCUGUGGAACUUGCAAACAUCAGGGAUGAAGUUGCCUUCAGCACAGCCAAGUGUGAGAAGCUGCAGAAGGAAAAGGAGGAGCUGGAGCUGCGGUUUGAGGAGGAGGUGCGGCGGCUGGGCUGGCAGCAGCAGGCCGAGCUGCAGGAGCUGGAGGAGCGGCUGCAGCUGCAGUUCCAGGCCGAGCUGGCGCGCCUCGGGGAGGAGCACGGCGCGCAGCUGCUGCGCAUCCGCGGGCAGCACCAGCGGCAGGUGGAAGACAUCAGUGGCAGCCACGAGGCUGCGCUCCUGGAGAUGGAAAAUAACCACACGGUCGCCAUCGCCAUCCUACAGGACGACCACGACCACAAGGUCCAAGAGCUGAUGUCUACCCACGAGCUUGAAAAGAAAGAACUGGAAGAAAGUUUUGAAAAGCUGCGGUUGUCCUUACAGGAUCAGGUGGACACGCUGACCUUCCAGAGUGAGUGUCUGCGAGACCGAGCCAGGCGCUUCGAGGAGGCUCUGCGGAAGAACACGGAGGAGCAGCUGGAGAUUGCACUGGCGCCAUACCAGCACUUGGAAGAAGACAUGAAGAGUCUGAAGCAGGUGUUAGAGAUGAAGAAUCAACAAAUACACCAGCAGGAAAAGCGGAUCAUCGAGCUGGAAAAGCUGGCUGAGAAAAACGUUAUCCUGGAGGAAAAGAUCCAAGUUCUGCAGCAGCAGAAUGAAGACCUCAAAGCAAGAAUUGACCAGAACACUGUUGUUACCAGACAACUCUCGGAGGAGAACGCUAACCUCCAGGAAUACGUGGAGAAAGAAACCCAGGAAAAGAAGAGACUGAGCCGGACCAACGAAGAACUGCUUUGGAAGCUCCAAACUGGAGACCCCACCAGUCCCAUUAAACUCUCCCCCACAUCCCCAGUUUACCGGGGCUCCUCCUCGGGGCCCUCGUCUCCAGCCAGAGUCAGCAUGACGCCCAGAUGACGCCCCUAAGGAGCCACGACCCCCGCUGCCCGGUCCCGCGGUCACUGUCGGGCUGGGGGGAAGUGAGGGGGCGGGCCGGCCCGCGCAUGCUCAGUAGCUGCAGAGCCACUCCGAGCUGAGCCCCCCUGACCCUGUGCUCCACUGUCCCCGUGUUGGCGCCUAGGAGAAAGGAACCGGUAGUGUCUGAUGUGCAAACGCUUGACCUUAGAUAGAGUCAAAAGAACGGAAACCCCCACUUGUUUUUGAGCAAUGAACUUUCAUCGCAGAAUUUCAGGUGAGCUACGAAGAGCUCAGUUUUGAGUCUACAUUGAAUAAUUAUUGUGUACUACACCGCUGCGUGUGUAUCGUUCGAUAGACGCACGCGGCCGAUCGGAAUUGCAUUUUUUUUAUACCACAAAGUGCUGACAUAUUUUGGUGAAGGUCAGCAUUUUUUUUCUAACUUGUGCCUAAGAAUUAUUGGGAAAUGAAAAUGCAUUUCUAUCUAGCUUCCCAGGAAUAUUUCUACCCAAAAUAGAAAAAAAAGUUUAAAAAAAUUUAAAAAAAAAAAGAAGAAGAAGAAGAAGAAGCGCCUUUCAACCUGCCACCAAGUGGUACUCUAUUUAACACAAACACCAGCGAUUUGUGAACGGUAAUUGCUUUUGGAACCAUCAGCUUCUUAGUCAACAUGAUGUGAAGUCACUAUUCUUCCAUUCCCAAAUUUUAAUUAUUAAUAAUCCUGUCGUGAGCAGAUUAGAGAGAGCCCAGAGAGGCAGCAGUUUUGCAGAUGCUCCUUACGACAGUGAAUCAUCAUCUAUAGUCUCGUCAACAGAAAUUUUGCUUUUUUCCUAAAUGGCAUCUUGGGAUCCAUCAUUAAGUGAUAGCACCCUCAGGAAACCAUGGACACACAUUACCUUCUCUCAGGAAGGGGAGGGGGCCCCGGAGCUGGCCCGAGUCCAUGGGUGGGAGCUCCAUGCUCAAGAAAGCUAACUACUGAGAGGGUCUGUAUUCUGAGCACAGUCAGCAUCUUUAGAAUUCCACUUGGUCUGCUCUGAUGUGCCACUCUGCAGUGGUAACACCACCAAAUCAGACCCUCAACCUCCCUGUGUCAUAAGUACCACACCCUCCCUUCACUUUGGUUCUGUAACUCAAACCCAUCCCUGUCUAUUGAGAUGACUCAGGGGUUCUAACAGGCACUUCUAGAAAGACGACUUCUCUGCCGGCAAAUCAGUUUUCAAGCUGUGCAACACCAUAGCCUGCCCCCCCAGAAAAACAGGUCUGUUUUUCUGAUGGGUGAAUACGCAGUGAGAGCCACAGUAGACAGGGGUCUCACAGGCCCAGGAGAGUCCGCCACCCUGAGGAGCCUGGCGAAUCAGCCCGCCAAGUAGUGUAGGCUGGCGAGCUGCGCUUGUGUCUGAGACGGUAGAAGUAGGAUGUGAAAGGUUUCCUGUAGCACUGAGGCCGAGUAGGAACACGGCACCAUGAGGAAGAAGCCGCUUCACCUGUCAGUAGCGUGCAUGGCCUGGGUGCCGUAGUUUCCUGACUGUGAUGGUGGCCCUGUGCUCUGCUCCUGUGGGCCGGGCUGUCCCGUAGCAGGGCAGAAGCACACAGGGAUGCGCACCAGAGGCGGGGAGCAGUGAGGAGACCCCCCAGAGGAGUUCACUCGUGUGUGUGUCUCAGGCACCAUGAGUCACUCACAUCGAGCCCUGGCCUAGGUGCAUCUCAUCCCUCGCCAUCCUCCCCCCGGUCUUUGCCCAACACACACAAUAGUCACACAUUGAAGAACCUUUGUUUCGUUUUUCUUUAGUGGCUCUGCAUGAUGCUAUGAUCCCAAGUUGGGCAUUUUAUUAGAGUAGAUCAUGCCACGUUGACUAUACACACAAUUAGUUAUUCUCUUGGCGGCCAGACCCCCCCCCCCCGCCCCCGCAGACCCGAGCCGGGGUGGCGGCAGUGAGGGCCUGCUUCCCUCACGGCACCUGCUAGAUGCAGUGACACAGCAAUACAGAGUUCAGUGUUACAUUAGGAUGUGGUUCAGUGUGUUAGCCUAUUGCGGUCCGAGUCGUAGAGAUUGUUAGAGCUAAGUACCCCUUCCUCUGUGCACCCAAGCCCCCUGCCCUCACCAACCCUGAUCCACGGACCUGGGCACCUUCCCACGCACGGGCACGUGUUUUCCCUUGUCCAUGACACUCAUCACGCCCGGCUCCUAGCCCCAACCAAACGAGGGGGAGACAGCCCUCCCCGCCCUCACCUCCCGCACCCGUGACCCUCUGCCCUCUCUUGCCCUGUGGGACCCCAUGCCCCAGAUACCACCUCCCCCAUCCCCGGAGCUGUUUCCACGUGCAGAUGCUGCAGACCCAGCAGACCUCAUCCACCUCCCGUCGGGGUCUGGGAGGCCCCAGGGGUGUCAGGGCAGGGGGGAGGCGGAGUGAUGGGCUGGCACACUCGGUGACUCUGUGGACAGGGGCACACACUCUGAUGGCCCCAUGCGGUUCUGUGUUACAUAUUUGUGUUUGAAGCAUAUUAAAACGAACUUGAGGGA